AUGGAAAAGAGCAGUUUAAUUCUUGAUAAGACAUUAAUUGAGAAAGAAUUGAGAAAAGUUAGUCCAAAAAGACCGUCUGAAUUGAGAAAGAAAUUACUUACUAUCGGUGACGUAAAAUCGCUAACAGCAGAUGAUGACAGUACUAAUGUUGAAGCUGCUAAAGAUUAUUAUUUUAUUCACCUGAGUUUUCAAGAACUUUUUGCAGCACCGUAUUUGAUUAACGCUCUCCAAAAUCCUAAACUCGCGCCUGAUGUGAUCAAUGGAUUGCUGGCAGCACUUGGCGAUGAACAUAAUAAUGUCAGAUCUUGUGCAGCUCAAGCUCUCGGGAAAAUGGAUGAUAGUGCAGCCACGACUGAUGUGGUCAGAGGAUUGUUGGCUGCCCUUGGUGAUGAACAUUAG